AUGAAGGACUUGGGUUUACUGCGCUAUUUUUUGGGGAUUGAGAUCGCCUUUUCAGCUAAAGGUUAUCUCUUGUCUCAAUCAAAGUACAUAGCUGAUCUAUUUAAGCGUGCACGUCUCACUGACAACAGGGUAGUUGAUACUCCCCUUGAUACUAAUGCUAGGUACUCUUUAUCAAAUGGUUCUCCUUUGUCAGAUCUUAACCUCUACCGUACUGUUGUGGGAAGCUUGGUUUAUCUCACCGUGACUCGUUCUGAUAUUGCAUAUGCUGUACAUGUGGUUAGUCAGUUUGUCACUGCACCGACCACAAUUCAUUGGGCUGCUAUUCUUCAGUAUCUUCGAGGAACUCAGUUUCAGAGUCUCUUGUUCCCUUCUACUUUCUCGUUAGAGCUCUGUGCAUAUUCUGAUGCUGAUUGGGUGCAUGAUCUUACGGAUCGUAAGUCGACCACUGACUUCUGUAUUUUUCUUGAAGAUUCUCUUUUCUUUUGGAAAAGUAAGAAAUAUGAGAAUUUUUCUUCAGAAACCUUCUACUCUUCAUUGUGA